AUGAUGCUCACAGCUACGCAGCCAGUUCAACACGGGUAUCGGCCUGUCCAUGACCUACCGACGCCGCCUCGAUCCUCGCCCCCCUUGAGUGUCCAGGACUCUUUGCAGAAGCCAUACCUCGCCCUUCCGCAGAAACAGAGUCCAUCCACUAAGCCCAUGUCAGCACCUCAUCGUGGCCUGCCUCUUCCGGCAGCCAUGACACUAGCUCAACCACCGCCGCCAGCUCCUGGUCCUCCUCACCCACCAGCUCCAGGACCACCUUUACAUUCUCAAGUAGGGCCAGCUCCUUCUCCGCAUAGCCAGGUAUUGGGUGCAUUACCACCUCCGCCCCCGCAUCAGUCUGAAGACACAAUGAGGAGCUGGCUACAGGCCAAGGCCGAGGAAGAGAAGAGGAAACAGGAAGAAGAAAAGACGCGGCAAGAAAAUUUACGUCUGGAACAGAGAAGAUUAGAAUACGAAAUGCUUCGAACAUCUUUAGAUCGGGGAAUUCCACCACCAAUGGUACCGGUUGUUUUCGCUGGGAUGAGCGGGGGACCGCUCCCGCAAGUAGCCAUGGAAUGGGCGCAACAGUAUCUAGCGCCACCGCAACAAGCACACACAGCGCAAAUAAUGCCGGCGCAGGGGGGGUUAUCGCCGGAGACACGAAGAGAGUCCCAGCCGUACGGCGGACAGCAGUAUGCAGCGACAAUCGGUGUUCCAUCCACGCCGGGAUCUGGAGCAGGUGCACAAGCCAGUUUUGUGCCGUAUCCAGGGCCAGGUUCGCCGAGACCGAGGGCACACACUUUGAGCAUGGGUGGAGCUGUAGGAAGACCGUUAGGAAGCUCAGCUCUCCCCCGAUUAAGUACGGGCGAAGGACCUACUGGUCCGUCAGGCAUUCCACACCCAGCACACGCGUUAACGCAACAGCAAGCUCAGCCACAACAAGAUACGCAGUCUCCGUCGAUCUACUUUCAUCAUUGGCAACCUCCGACUACCCAAGGAGGCUCUAAUCAGCCAGGAACGCCUUCUGUAGAAUCGCCCAAGAAACGAAAAGCGACCGGCCCCCAACAAGCAGCGCCCCCACCGAGUCAAGCGCGCUUCAGAUCACCGCCUUUCGGGCAGCAUGGCGGACCAUCAACGUUAUCAAAUCCGCCUCCUGGUCGAAGACGAGGUCAUUCGCGGCAGAGAAGUGAUAUUUCGUCGUAUCGGUCGGUUGGGCGUGGUCGAAUGGAACCCUUUGGUCCCCAUCGGGGAUUAUCACCCGGUCUCAGCGCGCCAAGAGAAGCCGGGGUGGGCGAACCAUUGCAGCAACCUCGAAGCGGUGCCCAUUCAGUCUCGUCGUUAUUAUCGGAUCACCCAUCGCCACGGUACGCAUCGGAAAUGAGGACGCAGCAGGGCGAAGGCUCACGAAGAAAUUCUCCGGCGGUGUCGGAUGAAAGGUCGCGUGUUGGAGUGGCUGGGGUAGGAUCGGCCGUGGGACCUCCUGGUUCUGGGAGAGAAAAUGAUUGA